CGGGAAGCCAGCCAAUGAGGCUCGCCGUGAUUCCGAUCGCCUGUUGUUAGCGAAAGCUCUACCGGAACUCCGUCUCGACGAUUACUUGCAACCUCCAACUUCGAGACAUUCCUCCCUCGCUCUCUGCUCCACGCCAGCGGCCUCCCCGAUCUCCUCUCAUCGUCCCCUCUCCUGGUCUUCUGCAAUUGAUUCCCUGUCGAUUGCGACCGUUCGCCAUGUCUCUCUCCUCCGCCUCCGCGUCCCUGCUGCGCGCCUGCGCCAGACAGCAACUUCCUACCGCCCGUCUUGCUCUCGCCUCUUGCCAGCAACGGAGGGGAGUCGCUGAUGCUAAGUCCUCUUUUGACAGCCCCUUCGGUUCCACCAAGGAUUUCACCUCGACCCUGAAGGUCCCCGAUUUCAGCCACUACUCUUCCAAGUCUUCUUCCCGGGGGAACCAGGUCUUCUCUUACUUCGUUGCGGGAACCAUGGGUCUUGUGUCUGCUGCUGGCGCUAAGGCUACCGUCCAGGACUUCCUUGUCAACAUGUCCGCCUCCGCCGACGUUCUCGCCCAGGCUAAGGUUGAGGUUGGCCUUGCAUCCAUCCCGGAGGGCAAGAAUGUUAUUAUCAAGUGGCGUGGCAAGCCCGUUUUCAUCCGUCACCGCACCCAGGAGGAGAUCGAUGAAGCCCGUAACGCCAACUGGCAAUCGCUCCGCGAUCCUCAGUCUGACGAGGACCGUACCCAGAAGCCCGAGUGGCUGGUCAUGCUUGGUGUCUGCACUCACCUUGGUUGUGUCCCAAUCGGUGAAGCUGGUGAUUUCGGCGGCUGGUUCUGCCCCUGCCACGGUUCUCACUACGAUAUUUCUGGCCGUAUUAGGAAGGGUCCCGCACCUCUGAACCUGGAGGUUCCCACCUACAGCUUCCCCAGUGAGGAUAGCCUGGUCAUUGGUUAAAGGGGCUGAUAUAAUCUAUCCUCAUAACAACGGCAGUUGAAGGCCCAAUCGAUGUACUAUGUAGAUUUAUAGUAGCGGAGGACGAAGGGGUCGUGGUAUAGAUGAGAAUCUUACGUGUGUCACUACCAAUACUGUUGGUGUUUUCUUUUUCUUUUUUUCUUCUUUAAUUUGGACAGAUAAGAAAGCAAUCAUUUUC